AAAUAUUGGCAACAUAAUAAUAGUGUAUUUUUUAAAUGUUUUAAUUCAUGAUUCAUUUGAAAAUCGUGUGCAUUAUAUCCGGUGUAAACCAUGUUCUCGCAUUGUUAAUGUAAGCAGUAGAUAGAUAAAGUAGCGGAAAUUAAUCUAGUCCAACAACACAUACGUUACUAAACGAGAGCUCUUUCUUCGUGGAACUGAAUUUACCCGGCAAUUUGACUCGCAUCGCUUACAAUGGCAUUUUAGUGCUCAAGUUUAACGAGUCCUUCACGUCGACGUUACGCCCGGGGAAAUUCGAUCGGGAUUUUCUGAAAUCCGACAAUCGAAGUAUGCAUUCGGUGACGAUGAAUCAACCGAUUCACCACAACUCGAAGGGGCGUUCCGUUGUCGCGAUCUUCUCUCCGUAAUGAUUAUUAGCUAUCGCGUCUGGAAAUCGGGUGGAUUUCCUGACGCGAGGCUCGCCGAUAAAUUUGCAGAUUGAAUUUCACUUUCUUUUACGUCCGACUGCCGAUUUUUGUGGUCCAGUCUGUGAAGUGCCGAUUUUGCGAAAGGAAGAGGAGGUGGUGCACGAAGAGAUGCGCUACGCGAACGAAAGGUUAAUGUCCGGUUUUCUCGCGGCGGAACCGCAGUCUCCUCGUGCGGUGGUCCAUCGUCGAUGCUGAAUCGCGCGCUCGGUACGUUCGCGGAAUUAGUGGUGGUGGUGGUGGUGCUCGAGCGGACUCUUUCGCGCGGAUGACAGCUGGACGUUUUCGCCGCGAGGUUGACAGUGAGAUCCUCGAGCUCAGUUGAGCUGGGAAGAGACGAGUCGUCUCUCGCGUCGCCGAGAGUCCGAGACACGCCGUCGGUGAUAUCCGACGAGAACUACUGCGCGAAUCGGGUGGUGAUCAGUAGUGAUGCCGUGAUGGGCUGCAGCUCGAGAUCGUUCUUCCUGACCACGCUUCUCCUCGUGGUUGGAUUACUCUCUAUCGCGCUGUUCGCCGAAAUAUCUGACGCGACACGCUUAAGACAGCGGCCUGGACCUACGGAUUCUCCAAGAGGAGGUUCCGUGAACGAGGCUGGCGUUUUUGCGUUGCGAGGUAGGCAGGAAGGUAGUCGGCGCUCUAGGAAGACUACCACUAGCACAACGAGCACAACGACACCCAGCUCGACAGUGAUAUCUCUGCCUGAUGAAGUGGCCCAGCCCGCUGCUCUUUUGGCCCCCGAGGAGGAGUCAUGGUCUACCAGUUCCUCCACCACUACCAAUGUUCUGCUAUCCUCAGACGUAGCCGACACGUCAUCCAAUCCGCCUCUGGAGCUUGUGGUGAAGCCUCAUAGUAAAGUCAUUUUGCCCUGCGAACUGGAAGGAAAUUACUCGAGAUUAUUGCUGCCAGGAGCGAGAAGUUACAGAAUACGACCGGCAACGUGGCUGCACGAGGAUAACCCAGUGGACAUGAUCACGAUAGAUACGAGAACAGAAAUGAGCGGAACCGGACACCGAUACAUCGGCGACUCCACGACCGCCGCGUUGCACAUAGACAAUGUCAGAUUAGAGGACGACGGUGUGUGGAGCUGCACAUUGGAGGACGACCGGGGAAAGAUCCUCUUCGGCAGACCGGUGAAGUUGGUUGUGCUCGAGGCACCUCGUGGGACGUAUCUGCUGAUAGAUGGCCGCCGGUUGGAUCCCGGAAACCAGUUUGUGCCGGUGAAGGAAGGCUCGGAGCUCACUCUCGAGUGCGCGGCCGAGGGUGGAAACCCGCCGCCCGUCUUGGCGUGGGGCAUGACCUUGUCUCAGGCCACUUUAGACGGGCCGGAACAACCGCCGGACAACCUCACCGUGUUGCCCUCAACAUCCGGCAGACGCAGCGGGGCUCACCUUAAAGUCCUGAGAGGACAUCACAAUGCUACCAUCGUCUGUGUUGCACGUCACAUCACACUCAUGAUACCGAUGAACGCCAGUAUCCUGCUCGACGUCCAAUAUACUCCAUCGUUUGCGAUAACGCGUUUACCUGGUUUUGGAAUUCCGAUCGUCGAGGGGAUGUCUGUCAGCCUGAAAUGCGAGGUAGACAGCAAUCCAGCUAGCACUCCAAUUUGGCAGCGCGACAAUGGACCGCCCCCCGUAGAGCAGAGCGAUGACGGAUGGUUGAACUUCACAAAAAUCACUCGGGCCGAGAGCGGCUGGUACAAGUGCUACACACGGCAUAUGCUCGGCAUUUUCACCAGCAUCGGAUAUUUUCUCAAUGUUCGCUAUGAUCCAGAUAUGGAGACCGAGGCGGAGGCGCUGAACGGUGAGGCAACCGAUUCCCGAAGGAUGGAAGUGCAGAUCGGCGGCGCGGUGACCCUUGAGUGCGACGGCGGUUGUUGGGGCCAUGGACCGGGAAUGGAUCCGGUAGGUGGGCCCGGACCUCUCGCCCUAAGCCGAGUGGUGUACCAGGAGGCUGGAGAAUAUCGAUGCGUCGCGCCCGAUCGGAAAAUGCAGGACACGUGGCGGGCUCAGUUACCUUACCACAUCAAGAUUACCGGGCGACCCAUGGUUCAUCCACUAAGUCAGAGUGUGACGGCAAACGAGGGUGAGCCGCUGGACAUUAUCGUCGAGUUCUGCGCCGAGCCGAGUUACACGAAGGUUCUCUGGAUAUCGGAGGAGCGCGUGUACACACCGGAUGCACCCUCUCACGACGGGGUCCGAGCUCUCGCAAUCGAGGACGGCGGCACAGAAUCGUGUUACAGGACGACAUUACGUUUCGAGACGAUUCAGUGGUCUCACGCGGGAGAGUGGCUGCUGCUGGUCCGUUCGCCGGAAGGGAUCGCCGACGCUUCCGUUCGGCUCAAUGUGACGCGCGCUUACGGAUACAGCCGUGCCCACGUCCGGUCAGUGAGUGUCACGUAUCUUCUGCUCUGCCUGAUUCNAUUCCUGCAGGAACAUCGUCGCUGAAGCGAUACGCUGACGAUCCAGGCGGAAGAAACCUCGACGAAACUUCUGACGACGCGGAAAGCUCGGAUGUCGGCUUUUCCAAAAUGAUGAAGGGGCAAGUUUCUCUGUACAUAAUAUUAAAAUCCUCUUUUUCGACGAAUAUUUCCCCGCGCGAUUCACGCGUUAGCGAGACGCGCAUUUGUCCAACAUGCUACGACUUAUGUAUCUUUAGUAUCGCGAAUACAAUAGAAAUUCGAUGAAGUCGCUCCGCUGACACGCCUUCGGCGCGAAUUACUACGGCCUUGGUGUUCCUCGGAUUAUGUAGCGAAUUCUCUUGUUCUAUUUGGACGAUUCUAGAUGACGCAUUUUCACAAAUUUACGAUCGCGAAGAAGAGCGCGGUCUGCUGCUGUCGUCGUACGAAACUUUUAAGUAAGCUUGCGUCUGUAUGAACGAGUACCCAUGCGAUCGAGAAAUGGUUCAAAAAAAAAAAUUUUCGAUUUCUCUGGCCUUAUACGAAAAUAAUGAAGGAGAAAAAGGAAGAGAUCGGACGAUACAUAUUUAUAUAGAGAGAAAAUUUGUAAACUACGAAUUUAUGCGCGCUGACAUUCGCGCGAUAUGCCGUACGAUGUGUAUAUACUUGUAUAGGUAAAAUAAAUAAUAAGCCAAUGUUUACGCGAAUUGUGGAACGCGAUGUUUCCGCAUGUAGGGAUCAGAACAAAAAGAAGACCAAUUCUUCUCUUUUUCCUUUUUUUUGUCAUUCACGAAUUUUCUGCAAAUAAAAGGGAGCGCGCGAGAUAUGGCUUGUAGCGGACAAAUUCAAACGAAUCGAUUUUGUCCCCGAAUUAUAAUCAUUAUAAUAUUGCGAAUUAAGCCCCUAUAAUGAAGUAUGGUGAGCGAUACUGCCUAUAACAGUAACGAAAUAAUAAUAAUUGAACGAACAUGGUAUGACACGACAGAAACAAAGAGAUCGUCGCAAUUCUUAAUAAAGAAGAUGUGCGGUCUCCCCUGCAUGCCCCGAAACGAAAGAUCGUGCUAUCGGAAACAAACGUAAUUGUGCAACGUCAAAUAUUCCCGAAGAUAGGGCCGGCUAAAAAUUAAAUAAAUUGUUGUAUAUUACUUAGGUAAGUAGAAUUUGAUAGCGUGUAUAUAGUGACUGUAAAUGCGUAGGUUUACCGUACGCCCGUACACGACGAAUUAUACAGUGUGACGCUGUUAGAGAUAUAUUUAUUAUUCGUUGAUAUAUUUUUAUAAAGUUUUAUUUAGCUAUAAGUUCUCGUUCGCCUUCCCCCUUCGCCCCGAAUCUCGUUCGCACGAUCAUAACGCUCGUUUCUUUAGGCAGAGAAUAAAGUGGCGCUUUGAGUUACCAAUUUUUCUCAACGAGAACCAUUACAAUAAAAUACUAUGUCCUACGAACGUCCUAAAUUGAAUGUAGCUGUAGUUCAUCGUGUGAGAAACAUGGACAUUGUUGUCUUUAUGAUACUUUGGUCUAUCCGAUUGGACGGGAUAUUGCGUCUCGUCCCGAUUCCGCUUCUUUCAAGCGUCUUUAACGUAAUCUUUUCGUAAAAAUUCGGUGGUUCCUAAUUUUGUAAAAAUAGAAUUUGUACUCGGCUUAUCGACGACUAACGAUAACCCUUAUUGUCGGUACGUCCUAUCCGCGUGCGCGCGAUCGCAGUCGGUACUACCUAUAGAUACGAAAUAAACAUACCUGAUGUCUUCACGUUAAUUUAGUCUACUCGAAGAACCCGACUUGUUUUCAGAUCGCUAAGGUGUUACAAGUAAGCAACGUGGUGUAAUCGUUGUACCCAAUGACGCCUAAGAGUUCAAUAAAUGAUAUUUACAAUAA